AUGUUUAGUAUUUUUAAAAAACGGAAACCUAAAGCUGAUAUUGACGAUCCUGGCAUGGUUGACAUUUCUACUAAUAGUACUACUCAUACAAGUGAUACAACUCUUGAUUUGGGAGAUUUGGGAAAUAAAGAUUCCGGCCCAUGUCGUCCUAUACUUACAGAAUAUAAAAAAAUUAAAUUUGGAACACAACAAAGAUCGUUUCGAAGCCAAUGGUACAAUGAAUGUGAUUGGCUAGAAUACAGUGUUCAGCGUAACGCUGCAUUCUGCUUUGUUUGCCGAACUUUCGGUUCAGAAAAUUCAGGUGAAAAUAUAUGGAUUAAAUCUGGGUUCAAUAAAUGGCAAAAGUUUCUUGUAAAAUCAAAAAAACAUUCUUCUACCAGUACUCAUUUGACUAAUUUAUCAAAAAUGUGUGCAUAUAAAAGUAGUUUAAAGACAGGAUCUGUUGUGACACAACUAUCUAGCGCUCAUAAAAAACAAGUUGAAAUUAAUCGCAAAUACAUGUCUAGUUUAAUUGAUGUUGUGUUAUACCUUGCUAAGCAAGGCAUAGCAUUUAGAGGACAUAAUGAAAAUUUAGAUUCUUUAAAUCAAGGUAAUUAUAAGGAAAUGUGCCAUAUGGUAUUUUCAAAGUUCAUGCCAGAUUUGAAUAAUGUAUAUGAGAAUAAAAUUAACCAUACCAGUUGGAAAGUGCAGGACGAAAUUAUUAAAAUAAGUGCUGACCUAAUUAAAGAAAUUAUUGUUGAGGAAAUUGUUGUUUCUGGGAAUUUUGCACUUAUGGUUGAUGAAGCCAGGUCCCAUAAAGAAGAACAGUUAUCUAUUAAAUUUGAUUGUUGUGGAUAUGUAAAUGGUUUAUGUUCAUUUCUCUCGACCAUCCAACAAUGCUAA